AUGUAUGACCCCGCCAACUGGCUGGAGAUUGACCCGGUUAACGGUCGGAUUUCCACCAUCGCCAUCCUUGACCGAGAGUCUCCCUACGUCAAGAACACCUGUACAAUGUUACCUUCAUGGCUUCUGAUAAUGGCUUCCUCUACCUACACACAUAGCAAGUACUGUCUAGACUUAUGCAGUAUAGACAAGCAAAACCUGGUGGCCACUAUCGACAGACCACAAAAUCUAGAGCCACAGAGGUAUAUUCCACCUGCCAGUGGGACAGGCACCCUUCAGAUGUAUCUGCUGGACAUUAAUGACACCUCCUCACGUGUUCCCCCUGAGGUAGAAAUGUGUGAGAAGCCAGAUCCCAAUGCCGUUAACAUCACAGCCAGUGACCCUGACCUGACCCCUAACGCUGGACCCUUUGCCUUUGAGCUGGCCAAUCGUCCAUCAGAUGUACGCCGCAACUGGACACUCAGUCGUGUCAAUGGUGAGUAUGCUCAGCUUCGACUGCAGAUCAGCUCCUUGGCCAGCGGGAUCUAUGAGGUUCCGAUCAUGAUCACAGACUCUGGCAACCUCCCGAUGUCCAACACAUCCUACCUGAAGGUAAAGGUCUGUCAGUGUGAUCACCAUGGGGACUGUGUGGACAUGGAGCGAAUCAUUGCCGCAGGACUGGGCACUGGAGCCAUCAUUGCCAUCCUCAUCUGUAUCAUCAUACUGCUAG